AUGGCUCAGCCUCAAGUAAACGACCCAAAUUUCAACCCAAAAUUCAUCGAUAUGGAUGAAGAGAGAGUUGAAGAGGCUAAGAAAAUAAUUAAAGAGGCUGUUAACAAAUGCUCCGAUGAGCGUGAAAUGGCUAAAAUGAUCAAACUACACUUCGACGAGCUCUACGGCAAAAUCUGGCACUGUGUAGUAGGUAAAUCUUUCGGUACAUUUGGAACCCACGAAACAAAGAACUAUUUGUAUAUUUAUUAUAAGCAAACAGCUGUCCAACUCUGGAAAUGCGGUUAUAUUUACGAGAAAAAGGAACAGACAGAAGAGCAAUCUGAACAGACUGCCAAUAAUUAA